AUGGGUGGAGUGAGGGGCAGUGGUGGGGGUGAGGGGCAGGGAUGGGAAUGCUCGCCCUCCCGUCUCUCCCCGUGGCAGGCAGGUGGGGGCAGGCGAUGGUCUGCUGGCCUGCAAGGAGCAGCAGUGCGGCGUGGUGCACUUCCUUCCGUGCAAGCUCGGGAUUCUCGUCAGCUGUUCGUCUUCCCGCCCCUCCCAUGUGUGGCAGGCAGGUGGGGGCAGGUGUUUGCCUGCUGGCAUCGGUGCUUCGAGGCGAGGGAGGGCAGUGGUGCUUCGAGGGAGGGCAGUGCAGGGGCAGUGCAGCCCAGUGAGCUGUGCAUGGCAGUGCAGCCCAGUGAGCUGUGCAUGGCAGUGCAGCCCAGUGAGCUGUGCAUGGCAGUGCAGCCCAGUGAGCUGUGCAUGGCAGUGCAGCCCAGUGAGCUGUGCAGGGCAGUGCAGCCCAGUGAGCUGUGCAUGGCAGUGCAGCCCAGUGAGCUGUGCAUGGCAGUGCAGCCCAGUGAGCUGUGCAUGGCAGUGCAGCCCAGUGAGCUGUGCAUGGCAGUGCAGCCCAGUGAGCUGUGCAGGGCAGUGCAGCCCAGUGAGCUGUGCAUGGCAGUGCAGCCCAGUGAGCUGUGCAUGGCAGUGCAGCCCAGUGAGCUGUGCAUGGCAGUGCAGCCCAGUGAGCUGUGCAUGGCAGUGCAGCCCAGUGAGCUGUGCAUGGCAGUGCAGCCCAGUGAGCUGUGCAUGGCAGUGCAGCCCAGUGAGCUGUGCAGGGCACAGAGCGAGGAUGAUGCGGAGGGCGUGAUGAUCGAGGUGGCAGCGCUGGACACGGUGCGAGGCCAUCCACACAUCGUGCAGCUUGUGGAAACAGUGGAGGACGAGCAGGUGUUUCCUGCAGGGAGACAGUGGGUUCGGCGGCAGCCUUCAUAG